AUGACCGAGGAGGCCGCGCCCGACUACCACGAGUUCAUGAGGUGCGCGGUGGAGCCCGGGGAGGCGGCCGACCAGGCGAUGGCAGCCAACCAAGAGGAGACAGAGAUGAACUCGGACUUGAGCUCGAAGGAGUACCAGCAGAUCAUGAGGUGGCUCACCUCAAUCCACCGUGGCUCAGGUCACAGCUCGAAGGCCUCCAUGCUGAACGCACUUCGGAGGAAGGGCGCCAGCCCACAGGUGCUACAGGUGGCCGAGGACUUCCACUGUGACGCUUGCGAAGAGGCGCACAAGUUCAAGCCCGCACAUCCGCCGGUCAGCUUAGAAGCCAUCCCGCCGAAGUGGAAGCACAUCCAGGCGGACCAGCUUGAAUGGGAGCACCCGCAGACGAAGGUUAAGUCCAAGAUCUCCCUGAUCAUAGACGAGAACUGCCGGGUGCGCGUCAGCAAGCUACUGUACCACAUGGUUGGCGAGGACCGGCACAGGAAUCCCGUGUGGGCCGACCUCAAGCAGUUCUAUGAGGAGCGCUGGAUGCCCUACUUCGGCAAGCCACAGAGGGUGAAGGUGGACCCCGAGGGCUCCUGGAUGUCCAAGCAGGCGGCUGAGUACUUUGAUUCCGACUCCAUCGCGUACGAACCCAUACCUGGCCAGGCCCACUGGCACAUCUCCCUCGCCGAGGAGGCCAUCCAGGCCACCAAGGGGACCAUGGACAAGUUGGUGACGGAGAACCCCGAGAUGACGACGGAGGAAGCCCUGGCCAGAGCGACCGCAGCUGGGAACUCACGAGAAGAUGUCCGAGGACACUCACCCCUUCAACAUGCCCUCGGGCGAGCACCAGACCUGGACGGAUACUUCUUUGAGAGCGACUUCGACGAACUGCCCUACGUGGAGGCCCAGAGGGUCGACAAGGAGUUCGGGGAGUACUACACCAGGAUGUAUGCUGCCGAGCAGGAGUACCUGAGGCAAGUCUACAUGCGACGCAUCAGCAGGGCAGAGAACGCGAAGAAUCAGGCGGUGAAGUCCGUGGUGCCAGGCAUGUGGGCGCGCUACUUCCGGAAGGAGAAGGGUGAAGCCAAGGGCCGAUUCAAAGGGCUCGCGAGGGUCCUGGCCGCAGAGACGGCGCGGCUGGUGGACGGGGACCUCGGCGAAGGACGGGCCCUACACCCUGGGCGUGCAGGAUCUGUGGCGUGGCUUGUACGAACCGGGCGUAUCAUCAAGAUGGACCUCUGCCAGAUCCGGGCAGCCUCCUCACGGGAGAUCGCCUACGCAGAGCUGAUGGGAGGCAAAGACACGCCCUGGACAGUCCACACCUUCAUGAACCAGACGAUGAAGCACGAAUACCUGGACUUCACGGGCCACGACCCCACCGAGGACGACAUGGAGGAGCAGAUGAAGGAGAACAUGGCCCUCAUGGCGAAGUCCACUGCAGACGCCUGGGCCUUUUGGGCUCGUCAGGGCACGUCACUGGAGGUCUCCGUUGAGGUUCCCCUGGAGGGGAAGCCGCUCAAGCAGGCCACGCGGCACAUGAGUACCUACAUGGCGAGCCAGCUGCGAAAGGGCAAGCGCGAGAUCUCGGAAAGAACGUUGACCCCGGACGAGGUGGCGCAGUUCGGCCAGGCAAAGGCCACGGAGGUGAACAACUACAUUGUGUCUUCGGUGCUGGAGACGCUCCUACCAGGCGUGACUCCGCCUCCCGAGGACGUCAUGCGCAUGAGGUGGAUCCUCGAGUGGAAGGCGGACGAGAACACGGGCACGAAGAAGCCGAAGGCAAGGAUUGUGGUCCUGGGUUAUAUGGACCCCGAGUACGAGCACCGUCCGACCACCGCCCCAACCAUGACGAGAACUUCGAGGCACCUGGUGCUGCAGACGAUGGCGUGGUUGGGCUUCAAAGGCUACAAAGCGGACGUGACGGGGGCUUUCACGCAGAACAGAGAGAUCCAGCAUGACCUGUUCGUGAUGCCUGUGAAGGAGCACGCGGCGGCGCUGGGGAUGCCCGAGGGCGUUGCGAUGCGGCUCAGGAAGGCGGUCUACGGGCUCGUGGAAGCAGCGAUCGAGUGGUUCAUGACCGUGAGCGAGGCACUGGCGGAGUUCGGCUGGACCCAGAUGAAGAUGGACCCCUGCGUGUGGGUGCUCUACGGUGACGGCCACGGCAGGGAUAACGGCUUCACCAAGGAGGCGCUGAAGGACUUCACGAACCCAGAGGUGCUCGGGGACCUGAUCGCGGCGAAGGGGGACAUGGACAUCAUAGCCAUUGCGGGGUCGCACGUGGACGACUUCCUGCUCGGUGGCAACGACACGGACCCCCGGUGGAUUACCGCCCGGGAACAGAUUGAGAAGCGCUUCAAGUGGAAAGCCUGGGAGUCGGAGGAGUUCAUGCAGACGGGGGUGCGGAUCAAGCAGCAGCCCGACAGGAGCUUCCGCAUGGACCAGAGCGAGUAUGUGAAGACCAUCGAGAAGGCGUACCUCACCCCGGAGCGCAAGAAGGCCAAGGACAUGCCGACCACCGACAAGGAGAAGGGCCAGCUGAGGGCUAUCUUAGGGGCCAUCGGGUGGAGAUCCGAGCAGUCAGGGCCCAUGCACUCGGCCGACACGAGCCUUCUGCUCAGCACCAUACCAUCGUCCACCGUGCAAACCAUCAACGAGACCAACCGCCUGGUCGAUCGUGUCCGUGAGUGUGCUGAUCUACCCGUAGUGAUACACAGCCACUCUCAGGCACAGGUGCUGGUGCCAGUGGAGUGGUCCGACUCCUCCGAGGCCAACCGUCCCGACGGAAAGUCCACGAAGGGCCUGGUGGCGGGGCUGGCACCUUUGAGGAUCCUCAGGGGAGACGAGGCGGACGUGAGCCUCAUAUCCUGGAAGUCCGGGAAGAUCGAUCGUGGUUGCCGCAGUUCCGUGGCAUGUGAGACACGCUCCGCCGUGGAUGCUGAGGACGAGCUGUUUGGCAUCAAGUUGCAGUGGCUAGAGAUCCUAGGCAACAACAUCGACUGGAGGAAGCCCGAGGGGAUUCUACGCAGACUGCCAGGAGCAGUGGUUGUGGAUUCAAAGGGCCUGUACGACAAGCUGCAGACGACGGUCUACACCUUCCGGGGCAAGGAGAAGCGGACCGACGUGGAGGCCAUGACCCUGAAGGAGGGGACGCAGGCGGCGAACAACUGGAUGCUCUGGGUACAUGGGGAUGCCCAACUCGCCAACUCGCUGACGAAGGGACACGAGCCAGGCCAGCUGCGGAUGUAUUUCAACAGCGGGCAUCGCUUGAAGCUGGUCUACGACGAGAAGUACCAGAGCGCACGGAGGAGGAAGGCCGCUGGAAUCCAGCCGUUCGAGCACGUGGGAGCGGGCAUCCUCAAAACGCCAGGCGGGACAAUGGCCCACAUCAGUGCAGCUGCGUGCCCAGACUUCCCGCCAUAUGAGGCCAUGACCGAGUACAGUUCAGACGAGGAGGCGGACUCAAGGAUGCUCAGCUUGGAAGACCCUUAUCCGUGCAAUUCCGAGGUUGAGCAAGCCUGA